ACUGACAGUAAGAAUCAGGUUACAUUUGAGGUGUUCUAUUUGCUUGAGAAAGAAGAUCAUAAACUGCUUCUGCUGUUAGUAUUUGAAGUGAGAAUAAGAGUUCAGAUAGAGGUAUUUUGCCAUAGUUACAUUGAGGGGAAUGGUGGCAAGCCAUUCCCCUCAAUGUACCUCUUCAGAGGUAAGAAGACAUUUCUAUACUCCUUUAAAAUGAUUCCAAAUGCAAUGAAUAAUAAUACAAUGAAUUAAAAGGAAAAAAAGUUUACACUGUAUAAUACUUCCUCUUCUCUCCUUUCCUGUUUGGAAAGAUACCAGCUCAAUGUCUCCGUAGGCAUAGAAAAGGCUUUGGCCACUGCCAUUAGUCACAUUUGUAUCUAUAAAAGGGAGAGAGUGUGCUUUAGUCAAGUAUGUUUUCAGUAGGACACAGAGGGAGGUGGUGUUUAGGAAACUGCCUUGUUCCUCUCAAGACACAGCCUUUUUCAGGUUUUGUGCAUGGACAACAUAUGGGCAGAGUGCCAAUAUGGAAAUGUCAGAGGAGGGGACAUUUCCUACCAUAAAAAAAAGAAAGAAACCCAUGAAGAGAUGCCAAGAGUUGGUUUUUUUGUUUGUUUGUUUUGGGGUUGUUGUUGUUGUUUUUUUGUGGGUUUUUUUUGCACAAUGUUAAAUUUAAUUGCUCUCAUUUAGAGAAGGAGACACUUGUACAUUUCAUGGCCUGUUCUUAUUAAUGAGCAGAGUGAGCAUUUAUUUGCAGUAUUGUUAUUUGCCAAAUAGUAUCUAUACUGAGCAUUCACUGUAUGGAAAGCAUUGGAUUUCUACGUUCUGGAGAGUCUGAGAGAUGGUUCCUGAUUCUGGUACUUCAGUGUUAAUUACAUUAUAUGCAUAAAAUAUACAUAUUCAAUUUUGUUAUGAUUGAGUGUGUGCGGAGAAUACAAUAAUUACACUGCCAACAAGCUAUUGUGAAUUCUACAUAUAUUUAUAUUUCAAAUAAUGGAUGGUACAGCGGUAACUCCCACGAAGUAUAAUUCUAGAAUUAUUUUUAACAGUGAGUAAAUGACAUUUGAUCUUUAAGCAAGAGGGUAAUAUUAAAAUGGACAGGAAAAAUGUGUCUAUUGCUCUGAAAUUCUCUUGGCUUCUCAAAAACAGUCAAUAUUGCAGGAAAGUACUAAUAAAGGAAGGCAAAUAAAAAUUGAACUUGGAUUUAGUGUCAAAUGUUCUGUAGAAUAAUAACGACACAGCGUGUUUUAAAGCGCUUUGGUAAUUGAGCUGUGUUCUCCUGGAAGUGGCAGAACGGGAAAAUUGCAGGCAAGAACUGACGGUAGAAACUGCUGUCAGUGGUUUGUAACAGAAAAGGUGCCCCAGUCUUAAUUGUGGCCAGCUAGCUCAGCCCUGGAGAAGGCUUGUCUUGAUUUCCAGCAAAGACCACUCCUGGGGGACCUUAAUCGCAGAAGCAGCAGCAAAACGAGAUACUAGCUGGAGGAAGAUCUAAAGAGAAAACACUGGGCAUUCUCCGUGCUAUGGGAAAGAUCAACACAAUAUUUAAUCCUAUGUCAGGUCGAGAGACUGAAUCAACCCUAGUAUUGGAUCUUCACCAACAUUCAAUUUUUCAGCGACGCUCGUAUACACCAUUCUGGGCAACUUUGCCAGAUCACAUCCCUUAUCUUUGGAAGCCCCAGCAUGGGGCUUACGGUCAACAAGCUCUGAGAAAUCAACCAGGAACCACCAAACUGCAUUUCUCAAAGAAGACUGAGGCAGGCGGAGGUGAAGAGAAAACCUCAGGGGCAGUGGGGGGCAGCGUGGGGAGGGAGGCGGGGGCACAGCGAGGGGAAGGAUCGGGAGGACAGGUCUGACUCCUGACUGGCUGGGGUGGUUUUAGAGCAAGUCACAGCUCCAGCUCGCCAGGCAGGAGCUGUCCAACUUUUCAGCAGCGGCGGGAUCCGGAUUCCCGUGCCCUGGACUCAGAAAGCGGCGACCCCUGCCGCUGCUGCUGUUGCUACAUCGAGCUGCUAACAAUUCCUGCUUUCGUUGCCGGCACCCAAAGAAAGGAAGGAAAGACGAAAGGGAGGAAGGUGGGACCGACCGUUGUGGAAGCGAAGUAUUGCCCGUCCUAGUCGUGGUGACUUGGGGAGCCCAGGAGCGUGUCUCUGCCACAACCACUGUGAAGGGAGCCCUGUCGUGGUCUGCGAUCCGAUCCCUCCUGCUAGCAGAGCCCCCUCUCGGUCGCCUCGAGCCUCUGAGCCUCUGGUGGCUUCAAGCGGGAAGCUGAGCCCAGCCUCUGUUCGGCUCCAGAAGCAGCAGCAGCAGCGGCAGCAGCAGCGGGGAGGCGCUCGGGCCAGUGCAGUGAACCCGGCUGGGCAGCAGGGCACAGAGCCGCCGGCCAGGAUGGAGGCGGAGGGCAGCAGCGUGCAGGCUCCGGCAGGCAGUAGCGAGAGCAGCGACGGUGCUGGCGGGGCCACGCUCAAAGCACCCAAGCACCUCUGGAGGCACGAGCAGCACCACCAGUACCCACUCCGGCAGCCCCAGUUCCGCCUCCUGCACCCUCAUCACCACCUGCCUCCACCGCCGCCACCGCCCUCGCCCCAGCCCCAGUCCCAGUCCCCGCUGCAGCCACCGCCGCCGCCCCCCCUGCCACCACCUCCGCCGCCGCCCGGGGCAGCUCGUGGCCGCUAUGCAUCGAGCGGGGCCACUGGCCGUGUCCGGCAUCGUGGCUACUCCGACACGGAGCGCUACCUGUAUUGCCGCGCCAUGGACCGAACCUCCUACGCCGUGGAGACUAGCCACCGGCCCGGCCUGAAGAAAUCCAGGAUGUCCUGGCCCUCGUCGUUUCAGGGACUCAGGCGUUUUGAUGUGGACAAUGGCACAUCUGCGGGACGGAGUCCCUUGGAUCCCAUGACUAGCCCAGGAUCUGGGCUAAUUCUCCAAGCAAAUUUUGUCCACAGUCAACGUCGGGAGUCCUUCCUGUAUCGAUCCGACAGCGAUUAUGACCUCUCUCCAAAGUCUAUGUCCCGGAACUCCUCCAUUGCCAGUGAUAUGUAA